UGCGGCCCGUAGCGGUACUGAGCAUGCAGCAGGACGCUCGCUGCGCUGAGUCGGUAGUUCGCCGAAGCUGCGCCGACUGGAGGGAUGUGACCCCGGAACAGGACGCCCUCCCUACAACAACACACCAUUCAAACAGCACAGAAGAAAGAAAAGCUGGACCAGGAGGGAGCCACAGGAGCAGGGGGGAUGAACCGCGAGGAGGCCCCGGGGAAGUCUCCUGAAGACAUGUACAUCCAACAGAAAGUGCGGGUCCUGCUCAUGCUGAAGAAAAUGGGAUCCAAUCUCACGCCCAGUGAAGAGGCUUUCCUCCGGAGUUACGCGGGAGUGGUCCACAGUCAGAUGAGCCAGCUACCACAGCACAACAUAGACCAGGGUGCAGAGGACGUGGUCAUGGCGUUCUCGCGGUCAGAGGCGGAGGACCGGCGACAGUGACCCUGGGCCCCCUGACCCCCCCCCCCCUUUUACUCCCCAGUGCAUCCACCUCUCCUCCAACACCCUUCCUGCACGCGAUCCACAGAGCAACUCCACAAACACGACACUGAUGAGCUCAGGAGAGGAGGGGAAGAGACUCCAGGAGGUGGCUGCCUCGCCCCCCCACCACCAUCACACCCCCCCCCAGAUUUGCUGCAGGUUGAAACUGAAGGCGGUCAAUGAAAACACUCACAGGUUGUGGGUGAAUAUCAAAUGUAGUUUAUUUUAAUUUUUUCCGGGUGGGUUUGAUUUGUAUUAUGUUGUCUGUGUUGACGUUUAGGCAGUGUUACAUAUUACAUGUUCUAUUGGCUGUGGUCACUGGAGGAAGUGACCAGUCAGCAGCUAAUUGAAGCAAAGAAAAAUAUAGUUUUGGCCAAGAAGCGAGUUUGAGGAUUUAUCUUUUUAGUAGGGGAGAGAUUUCUAAUUAUUUCUGCUUGUCCUGGUGGGGCUCAAAUGUUUGUUUUUUUAUUUAGCCGUUGUGUUGGAAAGGCUUUUUGUGUUCUGUCACACAAGGGGCCUCAUUUAAAAACAUUCGAUCCCCCCCCGCCCCCUCCCACACAGAUGUUGGGAUGUUUCUGGUGAGCGUCGAUACGUCUCCUUAAACCUGCAUGCUGAAGGCCAAGUAGUCAAAUACAAUCUAAUGUAUCCAUAACUUCCCAGACAAUUAAUUUCACUUUAUAUUCCAGUCUUUAUAUUUAUCACCUUCUUGCACCAAGUUGGUCGUAGAAACGAGGCCCCUCUUGCUGUUCUCACCGGGUGUAGAGAAUGCAGCAAUGCUCUUCUCUUGAGAAAGGUGCUAGAAUUAGAAACAGAGAAACGUACAACGUUCUCCCAAAAUCUGGUUUUGGGGUUAUUGUGACAAACCUUUUUUAUUGUACUUUUUUAUUGUGUUAGUUUGCAAAAUGCAUUGUGCCUAUUUGAUUUUUUAUUUUUUUUUAAAUCUGUAAGAUAACAUUAACACAAUGACGAGACGCUGAAGUGGUAAUUUAUUGUUUACUGAAUUGACUUCCUCAAAACACAUCAAUGAAGAUGGAGAACCAGUAGAUAGUUUAAUGUCCUCAGCAGUGACUCUUUGUUCACACUAAAAUCACACAAACUACAUUGCUAACUGAGCACGUGAGAGCCAAACAUGAACGCUGUGUGCUAUUUCUGACUGUACUGUAUCUCUUGCACUAUCAUCAAUGGGAUAUUUGCAAAAAAUACAUUUUGAUAUUUAGGGCAGAGAUUUUUUGUUUGGUUAAAUGGAUAAAAGAAAACUUUGUAAACAUGUUUUUAUUCCUUCGAUGAUUUAAAAAAAAAAGUAUCUUCUCUGUGUUAAUUGACUCAACUGGAAAAGCUUAAAUGAAUAUUUGUUAACAACCAACAGAUUCUUUUAGUGACAUGAUCAAUAUUUAAUGUAUUUUAAGUACAGCUCGUCAACUUGUAUAACUUAAAAAAUAAUUGUAACGUGAUGUUUUGAAGCCAAGCAUGUGUGCCCUGUGGUUUAUAUGUUCAUCAAGUCUUUGAAUCCUUGGCACAUUGACCAUUGUUUGUGGAAGCUACUAGCUCUUUUAACAUGUUUCAGAAAAAAAAAUCAUUUUUUUUGGUGUGGGUAUAGUGUUAUCCAUUUUUUGUUGUUGGCAAUAACUUCUGUUUGAAUGUCCUCAGUAAUCAUUGCGAUGUCAUCAGCCAACAGAUCGAUUACGCUGUCCGACAUUUGUCUUUUUAUGUUUACUCUUGUUUUAAAACAUUCUUUAUUACGCUAUGCAUUGUUUUGUUUCUCUCUCUCUCUCUCUCUCUCUCUCUCUAAAAGGCGUCUUACUGUACAUGUGACCUAUCAAGGAUUGUCAUGGACAGCCUCCAUUCAAGGUGUGUGUGUGUGUGUGUGUGUGUGUGAGAUCGAUCAUCGUUGAACUUGCGACCGGUUUUCAUCACGCUGUGGAGUUUGACCAGCAUCGAUGUAUCUUUUUACUGUGAUGACCUGACGUUGCCUAAUUGUUCUUUUCUUUGCAUUGCUUUUGUAUUUUAUUUCCCUCUUGGUUGACAUUCAUUAGUUGGUUUUGUUUUUUAUGGCUGCUGACCAUGUCUUGACUUAAUGCUUCCAAAUCCUAUACCAACUGAACCAUUAAAGAUAUUUUAAACGGUGA